GUGCAAAUUAAUAAUCGGGGUUUAUCUCUUCCGCUCUGCCCUCCCAUCUCUUCACUGCUACCGCUAUUUGUGCCAUCGUCUAUUGAAGAGCAAGAGCAGAGAUUGACUCCGCACAUAUGAUGCUCUGAGAAUCGAGUAUGCAAAUCUAAUUUCGCCAUUUUUCAAGAACUUCGGUCAGUUUUUUCGUAUAGCUGAAACUGGAAGGAGUUGAUUUUUCACCGCCGAUUGAACUCUCACGAAAAGAAAAAAACUAAAAAUGCCUGCUUUAGCUGCAACCAGAGUGCUUCUUUUCGUUGCCGAUACUUUAUCGUCUGGAAAAUUCUACGGAUUUUCACGCGUAGUAGCUCCACGGUACGGCAGUGUGCGGUUUCUAACUCGGGUUACUAACGAGAGCCAGCCUCUCACUCUUGCAACUCUCGGUUUCAAGAGCGAAAGACGGACGAUAGAGGGAAACGAGAAAAACAAACUCAAGCAAGGAAUUUCCACAAUCGAGUUCCCUCAAAAAAGAGAAAAGAAAGUUGGCCUUAGAAGAGAAACAAUUCCAGUUAAGAAGGAGGAGAGAGUGGACAUUGCAGCAACAUUGGGUCCAUUUGCAGCCGAGUCUUUUUCUGAGCUCGGCCUUCCUCCUUCACUAGUUGACAGGUUAGAGUAUGAAGGCUAUAAAGUUCCAACUGAUGUUCAGGCAGCAGCUAUCCCUGCAAUACUCAUGGAUCGUGAUGUAGUGAUCCAAUCCUACACAGGUUCCGGAAAAACACUGGCGUAUCUUCUUCCUAUACUCUCCGAAGUGGGCCCACUCAAGAAGGAAAUUGAACCAAGAACCAGCUCCGAUAUAGAGGCAAUGGUUGUGGCCCCAUCUAGAGAACUCGCAAUGCAGAUUGUGAGAGAAAUCGAAAAGAUUCUUGGACCAGUAGAUAAGAGAUUCGUACAACAACUCGUUGGAGGUGCAAACAAGUCAAGGCAAGAAGAGGCGCUUAAAAAGAAUAAACCAGUGAUUGUUGUCGGUACGCCCGGUCGGAUUGCGGAAAUGAGUUCGAUGGGGAAGCUUCGUACUCAUAACUGCCGUUACUUGGUUUUGGAUGAGGUGGAUGAACUUCUUGCAUUUAAUUUUAGGGAGGAUAUUCAUCGUAUAUUGGAGCAUGUUGGUAAAAGAUCCGGUGCAAAUCCAAAGGUAGCGAAUGAUCCUAAAGCCAGGCGAUCCGAGCGUAGGACUAUAAUGGUGUCUGCAACGGUUCCGUUUUCGGUUAUUCGAGCGGCUAGGAGUUGGGGCUGCGACCCCCUUCUUGUCCAAGCCAAAAGCAUUGUCCCGCUCGAAUCCAUACCUGCUCCUCCUCCACGAUUCGGGCGGUCACAAGUGUCGGCUUCUGAUGAAAAUCCCGUUUCAAAUAAUGCGCAGGCUCAGGCUCAGGCUCCAGUUCAGAGCCUUCCACCUUCUCUGACGCACUAUUACACCGUUGCAAGAAUACAGCACAAGGUUGACAUGCUGAGAAGGUGUGUGCACGCGCUCGAUUCGAAUUGCGUGAUAGCUUUCAUGAACAACACGAGGCAACUAAAAGACGCGGUAUUUAAGCUGGAGGCUCGUGGGAUGAAAGCUGCGGAGCUGCACGGAGAUCUUAGCAAGCUUUCGAGAUCGACUAUCUUGAAGAAGUUCAGAAAUGGAGAUGUGAGGGUGUUGCUGACCAAUGAGCUUUCGGCUAGAGGGUUGGAUAUACCAGAAUGCGAUCUUGUGGUUAAUUUGGGGUUGCCUACUGAUUCGACUCAUUAUGCUCACCGUGCGGGAAGAACAGGGCGGCUUGGCAGAGUAGGAACUGUGGUCACCAUAUGUGAGGAAUCUGAAGUGUUCAUUGCGAAGAAGAUGCAAAAGCAGCUUGGGGUUGUUAUUCAGUCUUGCGAUUUCGUCGAGGGCAAAUUAGUCAUUGGUGAAGAUGAAAAACACUAGAUUUUACUUACUAUGUCGCUCAGUGCUUUCUUUUUUUGUGGAGAAAACGAGCUUUUUUUAAGCUUCUUAAUUACUCCAACGUAUUAAAUUUAAUAGCUAAUAUAUAAUUGUGCCGUUUUCUAGUACUUGUGUAGUUUGAACAUUUUCUUGAGGUGCAAAUUUAUUUCGAU